GUGCUGUGAUUGGCUACUCCUACCGCGUUGUAAUUGGCUAGUACUUGUUACGUUGACGUGAUGACGCAGCAGAAAAGGCACGUUUGAUAGUCGCUAGCACAUGAGGAUAACAACACCACCAGCAGCUUCUUAAAUAAGGUAACAUGGGGAAGAAUAAACAAAAGGGGAAGAAGCAGAAGAACGUCUUUCAAGUGGCAAACAAGCACAUGAAGCACAAGAACAAAGCAAAACCUGUCACAACGACGCUCAAACACAUCAAUGCAGUGAAAAAUGAGAAGGUGGAAAACCUCAAUCAAAUCUUCACAGAAGUCCAGAGGGACGUUAAGAGCAUUUCCAAGUCUGUUGCUCCUGCACCAAAGAAACAAACACAGGUUGUCAGAGAGCCACCAAAGGAAUCUGUAAAUGUUGACAGUGCUGCUCAGCUCUUUUCCCAGCUAUAAUAAACCAUGAAAGUGGGACUGUCAUAAAGUCUGAGGACAAACGCAGUGACUGACUGUUGUAUGUCUCUCCAUGUUGGACAUGUGAUAUAACAAAGUUGGUUUACUUCUGAUGUAUUUUGACACUCUGUGCCAAAAUGAGGAUUGUAGAUACAUUGGGGUUUAUGCAUGAAAGUAAAACCAGUGUGUAGGAUUUAGGGGAAUAUAUUGGCAAAAAAUGUGAUAUUAUAUAAGAAGUACAUUUUCUGUAGUGUAUAAUCACCUGAAAAAAAAAAACUGUUGUGUUUUCGUGACCUUAGAAUGAGGUGUUAUGUCUACAUAGGGAGCAGGUCCUCGUCUACAGAGUCUGCCAUAUUGUAUCGGCAUGUUUCUACAGUAGACCAGAAUGGACAAACCAAAUACUGGCUCUAGAUAGUGCCAUUUCCGUUUUCUUGUCGAUCACCACAGUAAGCAACCCCUCCAUGAUGAGAGCAUUGGAAAAACACAGAUUUUUUUUUUUUUUUUUUUUUUAAGUGAAACUGCUUUAUUCAGUAUUUUUACCGGUUUAAAUCACCUGGUUAGUUUUAGAGAGGAGGAAACCGCUGCAGAGAAUUCACUUCCUGGUAAAAAUCUCCUGAACAAUGACCAAAAUAAGUUUGAGCAGAGUGCAAUCUGCAAUCUUCACUGCUAGAUACCACUAAAUCCCCCUAAAUCUUACACAGUGUUCCUUUAAGCCCUCUGUAUAUUCAGUGCAAAAAAAUGUAAUCAGUUGACAGAUUUGUGCUCUGUCAAUUGUGUCAUUGUUUCAGAUGCAAAGGAUGUUUUUUUAUCUUUAUUGAUGAAGAGUCUUUUGUAUAGAAAUGUAUUCUUUUUCUUCGAGCUGCAACUAAUUAUUAAUCUGCUUAAUACUUUCUUGAUUAAUUUAUAACUUCUUGUUUUUAAGAUAGCAGAAAAAAAUAAAUAACUGCCCUUACAAUAAACAAUAAACAGUCCGAAACAAAAAUGUAUUCCGUUAACUUCAUGUAUAUUGAAGAACGUUAGCAAAUCUUCACAUUUGAGCAAAAUGAAGCACUUUUGCUUUGAAAAAUGACUGAAAUGAUUAAUCAUUAAAAGAAAAAAUCCUCUAUUGA